AUGUCUCCAGAAUACACCACAAAAAAGAAGGCGUCAUCGUUCUUUCACAGCAGCGGUCACCAUGCCAAUGCUUUGCAGACGAAGCAUGAUAUAGUAGAUACAACUAUCGUGAUCUAUGGUCUCUCUGGAAUCAUGUGCGAAAAAGAAAUUGAAGAGCCGAAAGCUUCGAAAAGUAUGUUUGGAAGGAACAAAUCAAAAGGACUCCCACCAGCAGCUACAUUCCAAACUCGGUCAAUGGACUCCAAGAACUGGUCCUCGUCCACGUUGUCUUCGAGUGUAGGCUCCGAAGACGGAGGGUUGUUUGCGGAGAGCGACAGCAACCCAGUAACUGCACUGGUAUCGAUCACGACGUCAUACUCGGCGCACAACAUGGACUAUGAAACAUUUCUUCCGAGCAUUCCUCUGCAUUGCCCCUCCAUAAAUGACCUAACUGGAAGGUACACGGCUUUAUGGCCUGCGUUUAUGGAGGGCGAGGCAGCAAAGGAUCAAUCCUCUUUCAAUAUUGUUCGAACGAUGCAAGAAUCUCGAGACGAGAAUGGUAAAGGUCAUUUGGACUCAAAGUACAUGCACGAAACCGUCGAACUUAGUCUAAGUUUGAGCAUGGGGACAGAACUGAUACCGUUGGGGACCGCGGCAAUUGUUAUAAGUGGUGAAGAAGAAAUCGAGGUGAAAAUGAAUGUUCCGGCGAGAGCAUCGGAACAAAAGCAACACAGAAAACACAAGAAAAAGUCAAAAACCAAAUGCUUCAAUAAGGAUGGGUACUUUUCGAGCGAUUUGACGAAACGCUACUUUCUGGAAGAAAAUGCAACUUUAAGAAUCGGGGUACAAGUGAUCACAGAAAAAGCGAAGAAAAAGCUUGAAAAGGAACAGAGAAAACAAGACAAGAUCGAAGAGAAGAUCAAACAGAAGAAGUGGCUGCUGGAACAGGCAGAGAAGCAACGAGAAGAAGAGGCAAACCGACUAAAGGAGCUACGAGCGAGAAUGGAGAGGGUAACUAUGGAAAAUACGAAACGGAGAUUGCGAAUGAAGAGAGAAAUAUACCAUUCCAACUUCGAUGACGAGCUCGACGGGGAACCAACGCAACAUUUGAACAGCAAAACAAGAAGUACUUCUUUCGCACCGAGUCUAAUGUGUGCUAUGCCAAACAUGCUUUGUGCUGAAGAGGCGACUAUAGAAAACAGGGGGAAAAGCUAUACACCUACUGAAUCGUUAGCAGAUGAUUAUGAAUACGCCGGAUUGGAGUCGACGGUUAGCUCUGUUUCGCAUUCGAUGUAUGAGUCGGAAAUGGGGUCAGGUUCCUCCACGGAGAACGAAACAUAUUUCACUGACUAUGAGUAUUAG